GCCUUCACCUCCAGCCCCGGCCGGGACCUGCCUCCCUUCGAGGAUGAGUCCGAGGGGCUCCUGGGGACCGAGGGGCUCCCCGAAGAGGAGGAAGAAGGGGAAGAGCUCAUCGGGGAAGGGAUGGAAAGGGACUACCGGCCCAUCCCCGAGCUGGACGUCUAUGAAGCAGAGGGCCUGGCCUUGGACGAUGAAGAUGUGGAGGAGCUGACGGCCAGCCAGCGGGAAGCCGCAGAGCGAGUCAUGAGGCAGCGAGACCGCGAGCUGGAGCAGGGCAUGGGCCGCAUGAGGAGGGGGCUGCUCUACGAUAGUGAUGAUGAAGAUGAAGACCGUCCUUCACGGAAGAGGCGGCUGGCGGAACGGGCUGCUGACGGCAUGGAAGAGGAAGAUGAAGACAUGAUUGAGAGCAUUGAGAAUCUGGAAGACAUGAAGGGGCAUUCGGUGAGGGAGUGGGUUUCCAUGGCAGCUCCCCGGCUUGAGAUCUACCACCGCUUCAAGAACUUCUUGAAAACCCAUGUGGAUGACCACGGGCACAAUGUCUUCAAGGAGAGGAUCAGCGACAUGUGCAAAGAGAACAGAGAGAGUCUGGUGGUGAACCACGAGGAUCUGGCAGCCCAGGAACAUGUCCUUGCCUACUUUCUGCCUGAGGCCCCAGCAGAAAUGUUGAAGAUCUUUGAUGAAGCAGCCAAGGAAGUGGUGUUGGCCAUGUACCCCAAAUAUGAUCGUAUUGCUCAGGAGAUCCAUGUCCGUAUCUCCCACCUGCCUCUGGUGGAAGAGUUGCAGUCGCUCAGGCAACUGCACUUGAAUCAGUUGAUCCGGACCAGCGGAGUGGUGACAAGUUGCACCGAGGUCCUGCCUCAGCUCAGCAUGGUCAAGUACAACUGCAGCAAGUGCAGCUUCAUCCUGGGACCCUUCUUCCAGUCCCAGAACCAGGAGGUGAAACCCGGUUCCUGUCCGGAGUGUCAGUCCCUUGGCCCCUUUGAAAUCAACAUGGAACAGACAGUCUAUCAGAACUAUCAGCGCAUCAAAAUCCAGGAGAGCCCUGGGAAGGUAGCUGCUGGCAGGCUGCCCCGCUCCAAGGAUGCCAUUCUCCUCGCCGAUCUGGUUGACAGCUGCAAGCCAGGGGAUGAGAUUGAGCUAACAGGGAUCUACCACAACAACUACGACGGCUCCUUGAACACCGCCAACGGCUUCCCGGUGUUCGCGACUGUGAUCCUGGCCAACCACAUCGCCAAGAAGGACAACAAGCUGGCUAUUGGAGAACUGACUGAUGAAGAUGUGAAAGUGAUUGUGGGCCUGUCCAAGGAUGAGCAAAUUGGGGAGAAGAUUUUUGCCAGCAUUGCCCCAUCUAUUUAUGGGCAUGAAGAUAUCAAGAGGGGCUUGGCUUUAGCUCUCUUUGGUGGAGAGCCCAAAAACCCAGGCGGCAAACACAAAGUCCGUGGUGACAUCAAUGUGCUUCUGUGUGGAGACCCCGGUACUGCGAAAUCACAGUUUCUUAAAUACAUAGAGAAGGCAUCUAGCAGAGCAAUCUUCACCACUGGCCAGGGUGCUUCUGCUGUGGGCCUCACAGCCUACGUCCAGAGGCACCCGGUCAGCAAGGAGUGGACUUUGGAGGCAGGAGCCCUCGUGCUGGCUGACAGAGGUGUCUGCCUGAUCGAUGAAUUCGACAAGAUGAAUGAUCAGGAUAGGACCAGCAUCCAUGAAGCCAUGGAACAGCAAAGCAUUUCCAUCUCCAAAGCAGGCAUUGUCACAUCCUUGCAAGCCCGCUGCACCGUUAUUGCUGCUGCCAAUCCCAUAGGUGGGCGAUAUGACCCAUCGUUGACUUUCUCGGAGAAUGUAGACCUGACAGAGCCCAUCAUCUCUCGAUUUGAUAUCCUGUGCGUGGUGAGAGACACAGUGGACCCAGUGCAGGAUGAAAUGCUUGCCCGGUUCGUUGUUGGCAGCCAUGUCAAGCACCACCCAGGUAGCAAGGAGGCAGUGAAUGGGGACGCCGAUGAGGUCAUUCUUCCCAACACAUAUGGGGUUGAACCCAUUCCCCAGGAGAUCCUGAGGAAAUACAUCAUCUAUGCCAAGGAGAAGGUCCACCCCAAACUCAACCAGAUGGACCAGGACAAGGUGGCCCGAAUGUACAGUGACCUCAGGAAAGAGUCUAUGGCAACCGGCAGCAUCCCCAUCACAGUGCGUCACAUUGAGUCCAUGAUCCGGAUGGCCGAGGCUCACGCCCGCAUGCACCUGCGGGACUACGUGGUGGAAGAUGACGUCAACAUGGCCAUCCGGGUGAUGCUGGAGAGCUUCAUCGACACGCAGAAGUUCAGCGUCAUGCGGAGCAUGCGCAAGACAUUCUCCCGCUACCUUUCAUUCAAGCGAGACAACAACGAGCUGCUGCUGUUCAUCCUGAAGCAGCUGGUCGCAGAGCAGGUGAUGUACCAGAGGAACCGCUACGGGGCCCAGCAAGACGCCAUAGAAGUACCAGAGAAGGACCUGGUGGAUAAGGCUCGGCAGAUCAACAUCCACAACCUCUCCGCCUUCUACGACAGUGAAGUGUUCAGGAUGAACAGGUUCAGCCGGGAUGUGAAGCGGAAGCUGAUUGUCCAGCAGUUCUGAGGCUGGUGGUGGAGCCCACCACCUGCUCCUGCGAGAUGAGACCUCCAGCCUGCAGCCCUCCCAGGAACGCUACAGAGAUCAGGAUCCAGAGGGACUAAGCUGCUCAUUUUCUUGCUUGCUUUGUGCCUUACAGAGUAAGGGGGUGCUGAGCUGCUGAAGACCUUGUAAAUAGAACAGAAUUAAGUAGUUAAAUGCCCAGCCAAGUCUCUUUAGCAACUUCGUUCACUGUUUUGCCUUGUAGCUAAGCACAACAGGGAGAGCAUUGCUGGCCACAUAGAUGGCAUGUUUGCUGUUUUGUUUGUCGCUUGCUAGUUGUUAUGGGCUCAUCUGC